AUGAAGGUUCAAUUCGCUUCCGCCGCCGGUCUCCUCUUGGCUGGUCAGGCUCUUGCCGCUCCCCGUGUUGUUCACGAAAUCCGUGAUGUGAAGACCGCCGCGGCCAUCAUUGCCGAGGUCGCACCCAGCACCGUAGACUGUGCUGCCGGUGGCGAGUGCGUCAAGUCCGACGUCAUCGGUCCCCUACUGGUACAAGCCAUGCAGCAGUACGGCAUCUACAACCCGGCUCAGAUGGCCGGUAUCAUCGCGCUCACGGCUUUCGAGUCCGUCGAGUACACUUUCAAGCACAACGUCUCCCCCGGCCGUCCUGGCCAGGGUACCUCGAACAUGCAGAUGUUCAACUUCAACCUCAUGUACGCCAACUCCAUCCCGGAGCUCGCGAGCCAGGUUGCUGGCGUCGGCGAGGAUGCCCCCGAUGACAAGAAGAACGAGGUCCUCUCCCUCGUCAACGACAACAAGUACAACUUCGGCAGCGGCCCAUGGUACUUCAGCACCCAGUGCACUCCCGAUGUCCAGGAAGCCCUCAAGAAGGGCGACGACGCCGGCUUUGCCGCUUACAUGGGCUGCGUCGGUGUCACUGUCGACCCCAAGCGACAGAGUUACUGGGACGCCGCCAGGAAGGCUUUUGGCCUCAUGUAA